GAAGCAGGAAGUGCAGGGGGCGGGGGCAGAGUGACAGCUGAGGGGAGAGAAAGCGCAUAGAGACAGGGAGCCGCCUGGAGAUGAGGAAUGCGGAACAGACACGGCAGGGAGCGGGGAAGGGAUAGUCCUGGGCAACAGGUUCCCAACGACUGAUCCCCUGUGUGACACCCGGCGACCCCAACGCUCGGCGCAUGGGAGGCAGCAGCAGCAAACAGCCCAGCAUGCCGCGGGAGGGGGCUGCAAGUUUCCACAAGCUGGAAGAGGAUAUCACCUGCUCCGUGUGUCUCAGCGAGCUUACCGACCCGGUAUCUAUCACCUGUGGCCACACCUUCUGCAGGAACUGCAUCGUCUCAUACUGGGCCACCCCACAAAUAUGGGGGUACCGCUGCCCCGAGUGUCGGAAGGUUUGUCCCAGAGAUCAGCUGAUUCCCGUCCAUAGACUGAAGAAUCUGGUCACAAACGUCCAGCUGGUGGUGAGAGAAGAGCAGGCCAAGAAGGAGACCCCACCCUGCGCCAUUCCAUUGGUUUAUACAGACAGCCGCGGGCAACUGCAGACAGAUGAAGCUGCUGUACAAAGCUGUUUCCUGAGCAGCGAUGUAUCAAAUUGCCCCGUAGUCUUAAUCUGCAUGAUUGGAGAGAAACGUCGGGGCAAAUCCUUCCUCUUGAACUACAUCCUGAGGGCCCUGUCCUGCCAGGAAAGGGAUGAGCCAAUCAGCCUGGGAGGGGAAGAUGAGCCCCUCAGUGGAUUUGAAUGGAGAGCGGGCACAGAAAGCAUCACCAAGGGGAUCUGGAUCUGGAACAAGCCGUUCGUUCUAGAACGCAACGGAGAAAAGAUGGCCGUGUUUGUGUUGGACACAGAGGGCUCGCUGGAUAUCGAGAGUUCCAGAGACAUAAGCAUUAAGCUUUCUGCCUUAUCCAUGAUCCUCAGCUCCUACCUGAUUUUCAACGUAAACUCAAGCCUGAAAACGACAGAACUGGAUUAUCUGGAGAUGUACCUUUACGUGGCAGAACUAGCUGGGAAAUCCUUUGAUCUGCAGUAUUUACAGCACCUGGAUAUACUGAUCAGGGAUUGGCACGAUUCACUGAAUUGUCAGAGAGGAGACGCCCAAUCAUAUAUUAACCGCGAGACUGAGAAUCUGAGAAAGGCGUCUCGGUAUCCCUUUGUGUUAGACACGCUGAGAAGCCCGUCUGUCGGCUGCUGCCUCUUGCCCCACCCAGGAAAGAGACUGCUGGGAGACAGCCAGGGAAGCCUUUCAGAUAUGGAUGAAGAUUUCAAGAACCACCUUGGAAACUACAUCACCGACCUGGUGCGAGGCAUCUGGCGCCACGUCAAAACCGAUAUCCACGGGGAGAAAGUGACCUGCGCCCAGCUGGAGGGCAAACUAAAGGAAUUCGUGGGCCUUCUGCAGAAGGAGCAGUACAGCUUUGCCUCCCCAUUGGAGAUGUUCUUUACAUUUGAGAACCGGAAGAACAUGAGCAGUGUUAAACGGGAAUUCCUGAACCAUCUGGAUAAUCUGGCCCCGGCCAGUUCUUCUCCUUUCAAGAUUUUAGGGGUGACCCCCAGCAAGAUGAAGGGCAGGACCAGUGAAGCCGCCGCCCAUUUUCUCGCUGUCUAUGAAGAAUCCAUUAAAGGGGAUGACAGCCAAGGCCGCCAGCUGCUCAUGGAGGAAAUGGAAUCCAUUUUGCGUGAAGCGGAGGAUAAAUUCAACGAUGAGUACUCCAAGCGGUUUAAGAAGUGCGCCAUAGGGAUUGGCUGUGCCAUUGGGGGUGGGGUUUUAAGCUUGGCCGGAGGAGUGGUUGGAGCCGCAGUAGCCGGGACGGUACUGGCCGCUGAGGCUGUGGCUCUAGUGGGCAGCACUACGGCGGCGGUGAUUACAGGUGCCGUGGGAGGCACGGUGACAUUGGGAGCCAUUGGCACAGGCGUGGGGGCCGGGGUCGGGGCUGGAGUGGGAGGGGCCAUUGCAAACAGAAAAACGGAGGCGGAGCAGCAAACAACGGAAGAGGGCGGAGACGGGUCAGGAACGGACUCCCAGCAACUGGUGGCGCCUAAAAAGUAACUUCCGUUAAAUAAGAACAGAACUAGGAGCACAAUGAGAACCUGAAGUGGGAGGGGCAAAUAUCCAGUUCUAGGUCUCAAACUUCCUGCUAGAACACUGCCUUCAGCUGCUGUAAGAACAUGGAUCCAUUGUGGCUCCCAGAGGGAAAGUGAGUAAUUGGGGGGUAGGGGGUCCCCCCAUUGCUGCUGGGAUACACCCUGGAUACAUAUACGGGGCUAAACUGAAUCAUCUGGAACAAGCACUUGUCCUCACUUUCCCACACUGACGUAAAUGGGGCAUCGUGAUUACCAGAUGCAUCAAUAAAGACUGUUCCAUGUGCAUUAUCCAAUAGAAAGGCUCCCUGAUUGGCCGCACAAUACAGGCGCCAAGUGACACUGGCUAGCGGAGAUAACUACCCUGUGCAUUCUCCUCUGCUAAUUACAGGUAUAUGGUGGCCAAUGGGCUGCCUUCUAACUACUGAGCCAUCACAUUCUCUGUUUACUGGGGGUCAUGGUUUCUCCACCAAUAGGAUGGGCUUAAACUCCUAGGUGUCUCGCCUAACAUCCUCUAAUGGGGCUGCCAUCGGUAAAUGUAUCUUAAUAGGGAAGUAACUAUACCGUAACCACAGGUGUAACUUAUGGGUAGUUACUAAAGGUGUAACCUACAGGUAUAACUUACAGGUUGUAACUUACAAGUAGUAACUUAGUGACUGCAGGUGUAAUUUACAAGUAGUAACUACAGGUGUAACUUACAGGGAGUAACUACAGGAGUAACUUACAGGUUGUAACUGCAGUUGUAACUUACUAGUAAUAACUUAGUAACUGCAGGUGUAACUUACAGGGAGUAACUUACAGGUAGUAACUGCAGUUGUAACUUACAAGUAGCAACUUAGUAACUGCAGGUGUAAGUUACAAGUAGUAACUACAGGUGUAACUUACAGGUAGUAAUUGCAGGUGUAAGUUACAAGUAGUAACUUACAGGUAGUAACUGCAGGUGUAAGUUACAAGUAGUAACUACAGGUGUAACUUAUAGGUAGUAACUACAGGUGUAACUUAUAGGUAGUAAUUGCAGGUGUAACUUACAGGUAGUAAUUGCAGGUGUAACUUACAGGUAGUAAUUGCAGGUGUAACUUACAGGUAGUAAUUGCAGGUGUAACUUACAAGUAGUAACUACAGGUGUAACUUACAGGUAGUAACUCCAGUUGUAACUUACAAGUAGUAACUUAGUAACUGCAGGUGUAACUUACAGGUAGUAAUUGCAGGUGUAACUUACAAGUAGUAAUUGCAGUUGUAACUUACAAGUAGUAACUUAGUAACUGCAGGUGUAACUUACAGGUAGUAAUUGCAGGUGUAAUUUACAAGUAGUAACUACAGGAGUAACUUACAGGUAGUAAUUGCAGUUGUAACUUACAAGUAGUAACUUAGUAACUGCGGGUGUAACUUACAGGUAGUAAUUGCAGUUGUAACUUACAAGUAGUAACUUAGUAACUGCGGGUGUAACUUACAGGUAGUAAUUGCAGUUGUAACUUACAAGUAGUAACUUAGUAACUGCAGGUGUAACUUACAGGUAGUAAUUGCAGUUGUAACUUACAAGUAGUAACUUAGUAACUGCGGGUGUAACUUACAGGUAGUAAUUGCAGGUGUAACUUACAAGUAGUAACUACAGGAGUAACUUACAGGUAGUAAUUGCAGUUGUAACUUACAAGUAGUAACUUAGUAACUGCAGGUGUAACUUACAGGUAGUAAUUGCAGUUGUAACUUACAAGUAGUAACUUAGUAACUGCGGGUGUAACUUACAGGUAGUAAUUGCAGGUGUAACUUACAAGUAGUAACUACAGGAGUAACUUACAGGUAGUAAUUGCAGGUGUAACUUACAAGUAGUAACUACAGGAGUAACUUACAGGUAGUAAUUGCAGGUGUAACUUACAAGUAGUAACUACAGGAGUAACUUACAGGUAGUAAUUGCAGUUGUAACUUACAAGUAGUAACUUAGUAACUGUGGGUGUAACUUACAAGUAGUAACCACAGUAACCACAGGUAUAAAUUACAGGUAUAGUACCAACAACAUUUCCCAGUUUGCACUUUUGCACAAUAAAUAUUAUAUAUAAGGUUGGUGUGAAAUAUUUUGCUGGGGUUUUGUGGUUCUGUACCAGCCCCAGGCCCCCAAAGCCCUUUAGCAGGGAAGCUCUGUGCCCCCAGUAGCCCCCCAUCUAUUUUCUACUGAUUCCCUGCACAUACUCUGUGCUGCUGGCACUUACCUGAGCUUAGGGGCCCACUCACACUAUACUGUAUGUAUAGAAUAGAAAUGUCACGUUAAAGUCUGAUUAGUAAUUAAUUCAAAUUCCACAAUGCAUGGCAGCAUAGAAACCAGUGCAGUCUGCAGUUUUAUGGUUAGGUUCCCCUUUAGGAAUGGGUAAUAAAAAGCCAAAGAACAGAUCUGAGGAGGAAGAGCGGUGAGGAUAGACAUGGGGAUCAUUAAAGAUGGGUAUUUUUAUGCUGUUCUGCCCCUUCUUGCGGGGGGGAAGGUUUUUUUGAGCAACUUUUUGAAACGGCUCAAUAUCUGUAAGAUGUUCCUAUUUUUGUACCAAUCUCGCCCCAGAGACAUAGGGGCCUAUUUACAGGCCUUGCCUAGAGGGGCAUUUUGUUUACCUGUACAGGGGGUGUAUUUAUCAACAGUUGAACUGGUUUUUCUCUUAGUAAAUCCGCCCCACAGUGUGAGUAGUCGGAGGGGAAGGAGCCCACAGAGGGUUGCACUGUACUAACACUGCUUUGUAUUUAUAUAUAGUGUGACUGCGGGCAACUGGGCUCUGCUCUUAUUGGUUAUUCAUGGGCGGGAGUCUGGGCACUGAUUGGCUCAUACAGCAUCCCGCCGUGUGAAUAGGGUGGUAUAAAGCCCAGUAUACACGCUGUGUGGGAGGGUUAUACAUAGGGGCAGCCUCUCUGUAACCCUGUCAGUGCUGGGAUUGGUUUUUAAUUUUCUUUUUUUACCUCAUAAGUUCUGAUAAAAUAUAUUUAAUAAAAGUUGUUUGUUUGG